GCGCGAGCCGCCAUAUUCCCCCGUGACGUCAUCAAACGGGAAGUGAGCUCGUUGUUCUCCAUGGUCGCUGCCUGGCUGCGGUGCGGGAGGCUCGCGGACCAAAACAACUCUUCCUCUCCUCUUCUUCCUCCUCGCGGACCAUGGACGGGGUUACUGCUAGCUGGCUGCCUGUCGCUCGUCACAGCGCUUCAGUUGUGUGUGGAGCAGGAAGGAGGCAAACUGUGGGAUCAUAACGAGGGUUUCUCUCUGCAGGAAUCACCGUUCACUUCCUCCGUCAGCUGCUCUGAGAACAUGAGCACCUCCAACCUGUCCACAGUGGAUGGCACUGAUAGGCUGUGUGUUUCUGAGCACGCUCAGUGCAUCCCGUCUCAGGUCCUUCACCUGCAUCAGCUUCCUGUUGACGUCUCUGAACAGGAAGUGCUCGCUCUGGCGCUUCCUUUUGGCCGAGUUAGUAAGCUGAUAACACUGAAGACCAAAAACCAGGCGUUUUUAGAAAUGGCGUCAGAGGAAGCGGCUGUUACUAUGGUGAACUACUACACCUCAGCCCCGCCUACUGUCAGGAACCAGCCAAUCUUCAUUCAGUACUCCACCCACCGUGAGCUCAAGACAGACAAUCUGACCAAUCAGAGAGCGGCACUGCAGGCCAUCAGUGCAGCAGCAGUGCAUUCUGGGAACAUGGCAUCAGGUGGAGAGGAGCGGGGCUUAGGGCCUGGUCAGAGUCCCGUCCUGAGAAUCAUCGUAGAGAAUUUAUUUUAUCCGGUGACACUGGAGGUCCUGCAGCAGAUCUUCAGUAAGUUCGGCUCGGUGUUGAAGAUCAUCACGUUCACCAGGAACAAUCAGUUUCAGGCUCUGCUGCAGUUCAGUGACACCGUGCACGCUCAGCACGCCAAGGCUUCACUGGAUGGUCAGAACAUCUAUAACGGCUGCUGCACGCUGAGGAUCGACUUCUCCAAACUGAGCGCGCUCAACGUGAAGUACAACAACGACAAGAGUCGUGACUUCACCAGAGCUGACCUCCCAACAGGAGAGCUGGACCCCGCCGCUACCUUCGGUGUAGCUCUCCCUCCGUAUGGAGCUGCAGCUUUCCCACCAACUUUCCACCAACACACAGGUCUGUCGAUGGCAGCCGUCCCUGGCUCGUUGGUGUCUCCUGCUCGUGUCUCGCUGCAGGUGGCGCCCCCUGCUGGUCACUCUGUGCUGCUUGUGUCCAACCUGAACCCAGAGAGCGUCUCUCCUCACUGCCUCUUCAUCCUGUUUGGUGUUUACGGGGACGUUCAGAGAGUGAAGAUCCUCUUCAACAAGAAGGAGAAUGCUCUGGUUCAGAUGAGCGACGCCACUCAGGCUCAGCUCGCGAUGAGUCACUUGAACGGGCAGCGUCUCCAUGGUAACGUGAUUCGGGUGAUGCUGUCCAAACACCCGGUGGUGCAGCUGCCUCGUGGGGGGGCGGGGCAAGAAGAGCAGGCGCUGACUCGAGACUUCUCAGGCUCUGCCCUCCACCGCUUUAAGAAACCUGGAUCCAAAAAUUUUAACAACAUCUUCCCUCCGUCGGCCACGCUGCACCUUUCCAACAUCCCCUCCUCGGUCAGCGAGGACGUGUUGAAGGACCUGUUCUCCUCCACUGGGUUCACGGUCAAAGCCUUCAAGUUUUUCCAGAAAGACAGGAAGAUGGCGCUGAUGCAGCUGGCGUCGGUGGAGGAAGCUAUCGAGGCUCUGAUCGCUCUGCACGACCACCAGCUGGACCACAACCAGCACCUCCGAGUCUCCUUCUCCAAGUCCACCAUCUGACCUUCAAAUCUCCAAGUCCACCAUCUGACCCCCGAGUCUCCCAAGUCCACCAUCUGACCCCUGAGUCUCCAAGUCCACCAUCUGACCUUAGAAUCUCCAAGUCCACCAUCUGACCCCCGAGUCUCCAACUCCACCAUCUGACCCCCGAGUCUCCCAAGUCCACCAUCUGACCCGAGUCUCCAAGUCCACCAUCUGACCUUAGAAUCUCCAAGACCACCAUCUGACCCCCGAGUCUCCAAGUCCACCAUCUGACCCCCGAGUCUCCAAGUCCACCAUCUGACCUUAGAAUCUCCAAGUCCACCAUCUGACCCCCGAGUCUCCAACUCCACCAUCUGACCUUAGAAUCUCCAAGUCCACAAUCUGACCCCCGAGUCUCCAACUCCACCAUCUGACCUUAGAAUCUCCAAGUCCACAAUCUGACCCCCGAGUCUCCAAGUCCACCAUCUGACCCCCGAGUCUCCAAGUCCACCAUCUGACCUUAGAAUCUCCAAGUCCACCAUCUGACCCCCGAGUCUCCAAGUCCACCAUCUGACCUUAGAAUCUCCAAGUCCACCAUCUGACCCCCGAGUCUCCAACUCCUACUUUUUGACCCGUCUGUAUGACUUUUGACCUUUGACCUUUGGAGCCAAUGUGCUAACCAGACUUAGGGGCUUCUGAUUGGCCCAUGGUGGGAACAAAGGGACCAAUGGGAGAGCCCCGACACCACUAAGCUUUCUGUGCCUACAAACACUCUGACAUCACUGUGAUGGAUGAUGUCACAACGAGGGGGCGUGACCAUGGUUACAGAGGUUACAGAGCACAUUCGCGAGCAGACUGAGCUCCCAGUAGCAAUGCUUUGUGGGUAACGGAGUCAAACAAGGCGCUGAUGUGAGUUGAACUUCUUUCUUCUAAAUGUUAAAUUAUCGUCAUGAAAAAAAAAAAACGUUUUUUGUUUUAAAAAAAAAAAAAACUUUCAAAUUAAAACGUGAUGUUUUUUUCUUUAAAUCUCUGAUGAAAAUAUUUAAUAUUUAGUGUCUCUUUAUUUUUUUAUUUAAAGUUACUCAACAUGAAUACAAAUAAAAUCAGUAAAAUAAAGUUAUUUAUUUAGAUUUUUUUUUUUACGACAGAAGCAAAUUAUUUUCUUCAGUUUUCAAAUCUUUGAGGUUUUUUUUUUGUUUGUUUGUUUAUUUUUAAUUGUUUAUAUUCUGAACUGCCUUUUCAUGAACUCCUGGAAAACAAAUGGUGAAAUUUAAGAAAUGAUCUUUGAAAUGCAAAAACAUUGACUGAUUAACAGUUUUUCGAAUCUUCAGCGACGUGCCUUUCACGCCGGCACUCGAUUCUACCGUCUGAUUGUUUUGGUUCCUGCUGUUGUGGAGUGUUAGCGGGCUGCGAGCUCAACCAACUUCUUCUGUGCCUUAUUUUCCUGCUGGUUUUUGAUUUUUUACCUGGUGUUCGGGUGGAAGUUCAGUGGCGGGUUGUCUUGAUCUCACUUUAGAUUUUUUUGUAAAAUUAAUUUUGUUUGAAAUUAAUUUGUGUUUAAUGUCAUAACGUUGGUAUCUAUUUUUCGGGAAUGUUUUUUUAAUCAUGAAUGUGUUUAUACAUACAACAUGAAAUGCUUUCGAAGCCCCGCCCACCUGUCGUACCUGCGUGUGUGUAUUUAUACGUGUGUGUACAUACAUAUAUAUAUAUAUAUAUAUAUACAUAUACAUAUUUGUGUGUGUGUGUGUGUGUCAGUCGGAGCUGUGAUUGGUUGAUCUUCAAAUGUCAGACCUUCUUUUUUUCUAUUAAAAAUAUAUUUAAUUCAAGUCCAGCUCUUGUUUUUGGAAAAUCUUUAGGUUUUAUUUUAAUUUCAUGUUUGGAUUUUUUUGGUGUCGAUGAUUUUCUUUAAACAGGAAACAAGCCACAGAAAAACAGGAAGCUGCCGAUUCCCAGUUUGCCUUCUGACCUUUGACCUUGUGACCAGAGCUGAUUGGGUUCAAUAUGAAUGUUGUUUUGUGUUUACUUGAAAGUUUUGUUUUGUUUUGUGAUAAAAUGCAACAAAUUAUUUUCAUUUGUUUCAAUUAAACUGUGUUUUUUAAUUUUGGUGAUUUUGUUUUGUUUUUACAACAUAAAUAUUGUAAAUAUUGGUUUUAA